CACUCAGGUCACACUUAUUUCCUUCUUCUCGUCCUUGCGACAUGGUCCUUGCGAUAGCUGGGGUUCCUGGAGCAAAAAGCAAGAUGGUGGGGCAGCCGCUGUUAUAUGCCAUCUCCAUCUUCGCUAGCAUCGGCGUGUUCUUGUUUGGCUAUGAUCAGGGGGUCAUGUCCGGUAUUAUAACGGGCCCAUAUUUCCUCGCCUACUUCAACCGGCCCAGUCGAUCGAAAAUAGGGACUAUGGUGGCCGUUCUAGAAAUCGGGGCUUUUAUUACAUCUGUGUUGGCAGGCCGAUUGGGAGACAUUCUUGGUAGGCGACGUACCUUGUUCUUCGGCGCCAGUGUGUUUGUGCUCGGAGGCGCAAUUCAGUCUGGGGCGACUAGCUAUGGCAUCAUGGUACUCGGACGACUCGUGAGCGGCGCUGGCGUUGGCCUACUAUCGACGAUCGUUCCGAUAUAUCAAAGUGAGGUAUCCCCGGCGGACCAUCGAGGAAAAUUGGCAUGCAUCGAAUUUACUGGGAACAUUAUCGGUUAUGCGUCUUCUGUUUGGUUAGAUUAUUUUUGCUCAUUCAUACAGUCCCACAUGGCAUGGAGACUUCCACUUCUCAUGCAAUGUGUAAUUGGGUCUAUCCUCGCAAUAGGAUCUCUACUCAUGCCCGAAUCCCCUAGGUGGCUCAUUGAUCAUGACUUUGAUGAGCUCGGGAAGGCAGUAAUUGUUGACCUUCAUGGAGGUGAUUACGAUAACCCUGAAGCUUUACGUGAGUUCCAGGAAAUAAAAGAAGCUGUGAUGCGGGACCGUGAAUCCCCAGACCGUUCAUAUGCUAUGAUGUGGAAAAGAUACAAAGGGCGCGUGCUACUGGCGAUGUCUGCGCAGGCGUUCGCCCAGCUGAAUGGGAUAAAUGUGAUCUCAUACUAUGCACCACUUGUAUUCGAACAAGCUGGAUGGAUCGGAAGGGAUGCACUUUUGAUGACUGGCAUCAAUGCCUUAAUAUAUAUCGCUAGCACCAUUCCGACGUGGUAUCUAGUUGAUAUGUGGGGGCGGAGGAUUAUUCUCAUCUCAGGAGCUGCUGUGAUGUGCAUAGCCCUGUCAGCAACUGGCUGGUGGAUUUAUGUUGACCAGCUUAUCACACCAAAAGCUGUGGUAGUAUGCGUUAUAAUUUUCAAUGCCGCUUUCGGCUACAGCUGGGGGCCGAUGUGCGUUGCUUUCUUAUUUUACCUUGGAUGUGAACACGCUGACAAAGAAAUUACGCAAAGUCCUUGGCUCUAUCCUCCCGAGAUUAUGCCUUUGACAGUCCGAGCGAAGGGCGUAUCCCUAUCAACGGCUACUAAUUGGGUAUUCAAUUUCAUCGUCGGCGAGGUUACCCCUUCGUUACAAGAACUGAUCGGCUGGAGACUCUAUACCAUGCAUGCAUUCUUUUGUGCCUGCAGUUUAAUCCUGGUCUAUUUCUUGUAUCCUGAAACCAUGGGUGUGCCUUUAGAAGAAAUGGAUGCAGUGUUUGGUGAAGAAGACAUCCUGAGUGAUGAUGAUGAUGAUGACGACGACGAAGACGAAGACGACGGUCUCUCAGAAACCACCUCAUUGGUGCGCGAUGCAAGUGAUGCCUCAUACAGUAGUCCUCGCGAGGGUCCUCGUUCACUGAGCCCUGUCGGCGGUGAUAACGCAAAACGUAGUAGAAGAUGGUUCAACGUUUUUCGGGCUCCUGGGAAAGCCCACUAUACCCCAGUACAAGGGAGCGAAGUGGGCUAGAGAUCCAUCAGCAUAUCCUCAUCAUCACGUUGCCCGACACUUCUUGCCUCGUUACCUUACGCAUCCCAUGUCUCGCUUAUGCAAGGCAGACUUUCUCUGAAUAAGGAACAAGCUGGCGGUCCUAUAUCGAGACACAGCUAUCGUGUAUUCAUACAUAAUGCUUUAUUCCCUUGGCUUGAGUCCGUGGAACCGGUGCUAAAUGUGCUAUGUAUGUGGUUUGCAAGUGACCAGUAGGGGGCGGGCAGUUUACUCCGGAAGAAUAUGACGAGGCAGCACCUCACUU